GCGGCUCCUCCCCCGCUCCCUCCCUCCCCCGGCAGCGCGGCUGCUGCUACACCGGGUAGGUUUCUAGUCACUAUGGCGGCGGCGGUGGCGGCGGUUCCUGCUGCUGGGAAGGUCGAGGCAAAGUUUUCGCGGUUGGCGGACGCCUGAGAGGGAGACGCCGCUCGGGGAGGCGCCCGGCCGCCAGGCCUCUCUCUCCUUUGGCGGGAACGGGACGAAGCCUCGCAUCGGCGAGCGAGAAGCGCCGCGCCUCAGGAGGGAGAGAGGGCUCCUGUCUCCCAGCCACCUGCAGCGGGACCGAGCGGAGGGCGCCGGGGCUUCCCUCGGCCUUGCUCGGGAGGUUGUCCCCCUUCCCGUCCCCUGCGGAGAGCAUUCGGCCAGCCUGGGCGCCGAUAGCCCCGCUGGACAGCCUUCCCUUCUCCCGGCCUCCCCCUUCCUCCUCCUCCUCCUCCUCCGCCGCCGCUUUCAUUGAUAAGUCAUCGGCGUUGCUUGUUCGAGACCAGCGCUGGGGCAGCCGCCACACUUUCUGCUUUUCUCCGCCGUCCCCAUCUGGCCGGCCGGCCGAGCCACCGACCGACCGACCCGCUGUCAGUUUCUCCUCCACUUGAGAAGAACAAUUCCCCCCCCCCCACGGCUCCCGGCAGUGUGGGAUGAUUAGGAUCCACUGAGCUUUUAUGGAGAACAAAACUGGCAUUUCCUUCACGAUCCAGCUGGUGAUUUAAUUGCCUCUUUGCUAAUUCUGGUCUGGGCCUGGUGGAGGAGGAGAGCCUGCUUCUUAGUUGGGUGCCCUCGCGUUCCUGCCUUUGCUUUAAUAGGUGAAGAAGAUGAAAGGUGGAUUCACUCCUGGAUGUGUUAAACUGUUUUUGCUGCCAAGGCUUCCUGGUUGUUCUGCAGUCCUGUAAAUCUCAGCUGUUUCCCAGUCCCUCAGUCUUAACACUUUUUUUCUUGUGGAGGAAACUCUUGGGCAGUGUUUAUUGAAGAGAAUAGAGUGGUUACAUCCCAAACAAGUAUUUGUGUGUGAGUCACUCACUUGGAGUUACAGCCAUCCCCACCUUAAUCUAACAAGUUCUGUUUUCUUCUGACUUGUCAGAUGCUUGUUCACAUUACUGAGAAAAAUGGAUUAAUGUGGAACAUAACCAGUCUGCUGCAGGCCUUAUUAAAGGAAACAAUGGGGCUUUUUUACUGGAUUAUUGCCAGCAUUAGUUCACACACUGAAGGUAUAAGUUGUUAGAUCUUGCUUGCAGGUGAUGUUUGUCCUGCUUUAAUGUGAAGUGCAGUGGGAAUUUUGCUUAUCAACUGUGGAGGGUGGCUUGGAUCAAGAAGAGUUUCUCUUCUUCCCAGCUUGGUGUGGCACCACAUAUCUGUCCUCAAUGCCUUCAGCUUUGGCUAUCUUCACUUGCCGCCCAAACUCUCACCCAUUUCAAGAACGUCAUGUCUACCUGGAUGAGCCUGUCAAAAUUGGGCGCUCAGUGGCUCGAUGUCGACCAGCUCAAAAUAAUGCUACCUUUGACUGCAAGGUCUUGUCUAGGAACCAUGCACUUGUGUGGUUUGAUCAGAAGACAGGAAAGUUCUAUCUUCAAGACACUAAGAGUAGCAAUGGUACCUUUAUAAAUAGUCAAAGGUUGAGCAGAGGAUCUGAGGAGAGCCCACCAUGUGAAAUUCUGUCUGGUGAUAUCAUCCAAUUUGGCGUAGAUGUGACGGAGAACACGCGGAAAGUCACCCAUGGAUGCAUUGUCUCCACGAUAAAGCUGUUUCUCCCAGAUGGUAUGGAAGCUAGACUACGGUCGGAUGUCAUCCAUGCUCCAUUACCAAGUCCUGUUGAUAAGGUUGCUGCUAACACUCCCAGUAUGUAUUCUCAGGAACUGUUUCAGCUUUCUCAAUAUCUACAGGAGGCCUUACACAGGGAACAAAUGUUGGAACAGAAGCUGGCCACCUUGCAGCGAUUGCUUGCUGUCACACAAGAGGCAUCGGAUACUAGUUGGCAGGCUUUGAUAGAUGAAGAUAGACUACUGUCAAGGUUAGAGGUUAUGGGAAACCAGUUACAAGCAUGUUCAAAAAAUCAGACAGAAGACAGUUUACGGAAGGAACUUAUAGCAUUGCAGGAAGACAAACAUAAUUAUGAGACAACUGCCAAAGAGUCCCUGAGGCGGGUCCUUCAGGAAAAAAUUGAAGUAGUCAGAAAACUCUCUGAAGUGGAGAGAAGUUUAAGCAACACCGAGGAUGAAUGUACUCACUUGAAAGAAAUGAAUGAACGGACUCAGGAAGAAUUGCAGGAAUUGGCUAACAAAUACAAUGGAGCUGUAAAUGAAAUUAAAGAUCUCACUGACAAACUAAAGGUAGCUGAAGGGAAACAAGAAGAAAUCCAGCAAAAGGGACAGGCUGAAAAAAAGGAAUUGCAGCAUAAAAUAGAAGAGAUGGAAGAAAGAGAGCAAGAACUUCAAGCAAAAAUAGAGGCUUUGCAAGCGGAUAAUGAUUUCACCAAUGAACGGCUAACUGCUUUACAAGUCCGGUUAGAACAUCUUCAAGAGAAAGCUCUUAAAGAACACAACAGCUUAGGCAUACAAGUUGAUGACUUCAUUCCUAAAAUUAAUGGGAGUGCAGACAAAGAGCUCUUUCUUUCAAAGAGUGGAGGGGACUGCACAUUUAUUCAUCAAUUCAUAGAGUGCCAGAACAAGCUCAUAGAUGAAGGACAUCUUUCCAGACUGGACGAAACAAAGAUUCUGAAAGAAAAUCAGGCAAAAGGUAAAGAAGCUGAACUAUCAGACACUUUGAGCCCAAGCAAAGAGAAAAGCAGUGACGACACUACAGAUGCUCAGAUGGAUGACCAUGAACUGAAUGAACCUAUUGCUAAAGUAGCCCUCUUAAAAGAUGAAUUGCAGGGUGCACAAUCAGAGACUAAACAAGAAAUUCAACAGCUGCACAAGGAACUGGUUGAAGCCCAAGAGCUAGCUAGAACAAGUAAACAAAAAUGCUUUGAACUGCAAGCUCUGUUGGAAGAAGAAAGAAAAUCCUAUCGACUGCAAGCUGAGGAGUCCACUAAACAAAUCCAAGUUCUUCAAGCUCAGCUGCGUCGGCUACAGGAAGAUAUUGAACAUGUUCGUGAGGAAAAAGAGAACGAGAUUACCAGUACUCGGAAUGAAUUGCUUAGUGCUCAGAGUGAGAUCAUAUUACUGCAACAAGUGGCAGAAAAAGCUGCAUCUGAAAGGGAAACAGAUGUCACAGCUUUGCAAGAAGAGCUUAAGAAAGUGAGGGCUGAGCUUGAUCGGUGGCGCAAAGAGGCUUCAGAAUAUGAAAAAGAGAUUGUUAAUCUGCAAGCCAGUUUUCAGUUACGAUGUCAGCAGUGUGAGGAGCAGCAGAAGGAGGAAGCCAUCCGUUUACAAGGUGAACUUGAAAAAUUGAGAAAUGAGUGGAGUGCUCUUGAAGCCGAAUGUUUUUCAUUAAAGAAGGAGAACUCUUCACUUGCAUGUGAGCUUCAGCGACAGGAGAAGGAGCUACAUAACUCUCAGCAACAGAGUUUAGCUCUUACCAGUGACUUGAGUAUUCUUGAAUUGACCCGAAAAGAACUUGAAAAUAAAAUGGGUUCACUGAAAGAAGAACAUCAGCAAGAUGCAGCUACUCUAAAAACCCUUCUUAGUGAAGCAGAAAAUCAAGCCAAGGAUGCUCAAAAUGAGUAUGAAAAGACACAGACCAUACUCUCAGAGCUGAAACUGAAGUUUGAAAUCACUGAGCAGGAAAAGCAAUCAAUUACAGAUGAACUCAAGCAGUGUAAAGACAACCUGAAGCUACUACAAGAAAAAGGAAGCCAUAGACAAUGGCAUUGGAUGCCUGUGAUCGCAGCUUUGGUAGCUGUGACAGCCAUGGUGCUGUACCCAGGGCUAACCAGAGCUUCUCCGUGAGAAUCACUGUUGCAUCCACACACCGUCCUCCUUUUAGAAGCUGGCAUCAUUCAUCUACUGGGGGAAAAGAAAUUCAUCCUGUUCCUUUUUUACCUCUUAGUACCACAGAGUUUGGCUUCAGAACAGCAGUAGGGUCAUUGCUUUAAAAUGUACAAAAUGUAUCUGUCUAUAAAGAGGGAAUAAAACUAUUAUUUCAUUCUAUUGUGAGCAAUAUAGUUGCUUACAAUUUCAUGUAAUUCUUAAGAUAGUAUGUUGAAGUUCUAAAUACUGUUAUGGUGGCCUAAAGUAGGCUUCUUGGUACCAAAUUAUUUAUGAUGGUUAGGUGUGUGGAUAUUUUACUUAAAAAGCAGAUUAAAAGCAAUGCAUUUUCCCCCUUGAUCUGGACGCCCAUGCCAAAUAUCCUUUAAAUACUUGGAAGCAGGUGCAGUGUGCUCAGUGCCUUUCAGUUGGACUUUAUUUGUACAUUAACAUACCAUUUUUUUUAACUUGCUGUGAGUCACUGAGCUAUCGGGAACAAUUUUCCCCAAGUCUUCUGAUGGAAACAAAUAUUUUUUCUUCAGCAAAGGUUCUAUUUUGUUGAUGACUUGGGAAUUAGUAUAAUUCAUCGUCAGCCUUAAAGAGCUCUAGAAGAAACUGAAUGGAAAGCAUCAGUCUAGACUGUUUUCGUGUGCAUGUGUGUGCCUGAGUGAACUAAGGUUUUUCUGGGAGCAAAAUCUUGAUUUGCUGAUGGACAUAGUGCAGUGAUCCAACUUUUAGUUUGAAUGUAAUUUAUUAAAUCGUAUGUAUAUAGUCACUAUGAAACCCAACAUAUUUUCUCACAUAUCACGUUAUAGAAAUGAUUUUUCCAGUCACUUAUUAUCAAAGCCGAACUGGGGAAGUAAUAUUUGUCUCUUUAACUGUGCUUUCAUUCACAUAACUUCAUUACAUGAAGUGCUUGAGUGCUUCUGUUCUUAGGGAAAGGAACACUUAAAAAUGGACAAGGCUUCAGGAAGUUUAAAAUGAUCUAAUUGGUCCUCUAUGCAACAUUUAAGCGUAAAGAAUGUGCUGUCAAUGAUUAGGAGCUUUACAUCACAAUCUAUAUGGCCUUAAUAUGAAUGUCACCAGAUAAGUGUUGAUUUAUGAAUAGGGGUAUGUGUAAUUAAAACCUGAAUAAAGUGCUGGCUUGCACUGCACAACAGCUCUAUUCAUUAAGGUCUACAAUUUUAUUAAAAGAAUUGCGGAUUCAAAUAAUUCAGCUGAUGAAAAAUUCAUAGGAAGACUAUCUCAGCAGUUGGUUUAAAGGAUUUAAUGGCAAUCAAUGGAUCUACUUAAAUAUUUAAAUAGACUUUUUAGUUAAUAAUUUGCCUUUGUGGUUUUGAGGGUCAUUUUACUUUAAAAGUUCUGUCUUAAACUAUUGGGGAUAUGUUAAUGGGAGGAUCAUUUAGAUUUAAGGGAAUGUUAGUACACAGGUGUAGAAAUGUCAUUUUUGUUCAUUUCAUCUUUUCAGUUGUGGGAAGCUGUAACAUACACACACACAAACACACACACAACACAUAUACACACCAGUGGUACUCAGUACCUCUUGUAUAUAGGUUAUUGCAAAUAUUAUUCUGAAAAUGCUUAACUUCAGAAUUACAUUUUUAAAAGUAAAUAAUUGUUUUAAAUCUAUUUUGUAAAGAUAUAAAAAACAAUAGAAUUUCUGGAGUAUAGAUUGAACUAUUUGCACUAACACACGUGAUGUGCAUGAUUUAAUAAAAUAACUUUACUCUCCCUA